CUUCUCGAACUCUGAAGCUGUGACCUUGGUCACCUCAGGAAGGCUGCUGCCUGUCCGUGGCUAUGCUUCCCCCUUUCCUGGUGGGACACAUAAUGGGCUUCUAGCAAAGGAGAAAUGUUCUUGAAACAGGUACCCAAGGAUGUGGCCAACAUUUAUAAUACCCCCAGUGACAGUGAAGAUUUUCCAGGAUUCCAAGAUGAUGCUUCCAAACAGAGCUUCUUGUCAGAGGACAACUGUGCUAGUUCUGAAUCUGUGGAGUCUGGAAAAGAGGGGCUCCGGUUUCAGUCCAGAUACCUCACUGAAGAGCAGCGGAGGAUUUUCACUGAGGACACUGACUCUGAAACGGAAGUGUUUGAGGGCUUCGCUUCAAACGAGGUGCAGGUGAACAAGAAAGAAGUUCUGAUGGUGGAGUCAGACUUGAGUGAUGAAGAACAUGAUAAUUUGUUGGGUAAUGAGAAAGAAGAGGAGGAAGAGAUGAAGACGAAGGUUUCCCCCAAGAGAAGAAGCUUUGGCCUUUGUGUUGCUUUACAGUUUCCCACCAGGAAGUCAUCUGAGAAAAAAGUGCCUGAACAGGCUUUGUCUGAUUUACCUGUAAAGGACAGUGAAUCCCUCACACCUCUCAAGCGGUCAGACGAAGUAGAGGGCUCUGCUUCAGACUCUGAAGAAGAAACACAGGAGGAAAGUUCCAAUGCACUGCUUAAGAGAGCCAUAAAUAUUAAAGAAAAUAAAGCCAUGCUUGCCCAGCUGCUGGCAGAACUGAAUUCCGUACCGGACCUGUUCCCAGUGAAAAUGCCCUCCUCGACUUCUUCAAAGAAAACCCCAAGGAGGACAUUCUCUGAAGGCCAGAUAACGCGCCGAAUGAACCCAACCAGAACUGCUCGUCCACCAGAAAAUUUUGCCUUGGAAAAAUUUACUGUGUCAGCUAUCAGACUUGCAGAACACAUCGGUAGCUACAGGCAACAAAACCUCCUGAAGAGACUCAGUGUGCAGGGGGAUUGUGGAGUACGCAAAAGAAGGAGAACACUGAAGUACUCGUCUCAUCGCCCGGUAGAAGACAUAACUGAGGAGGACUUGGACAACAUUGCAAUCACUGGUAGAGACAAAAUCUAUGACAAAGUUCUCGGUAGUACUUGCCACCAGUGUCGACAGAAGACAACUGAUACAAAGACAAUCUGUCGCAAGCAGGGCUGUGGAGGAGUCAGGGGGCAGUUCUGUGGACCCUGUCUUCGAAAUCGAUAUGGUGAAGAUGUGAAGUCAGCUCUGCUUGAUCCAACCUGGAUCUGUCCUCCGUGUCGCGGGGUGUGCAACUGCAGCUACUGCCGCCGGCGGGACGGGCGCUGUGCCACCGGCAUGCUCAUCCACCUGGCCAGGUUCUACGGCUACAGCAAUGUCAAGGAGUACCUGGAAAGUUUACCAAAACAACUGGCGGAUGACAGUUGAGAGCACUGGACUCAAGCCAUG